AUGAUGAAUAAAAAACAACUGUGUACUAAUACGAACAUACAGAACACCUUUUACACUGGAGUGAGCAUUGGGAUCUCAGCCAAGAGCAUCCUUCUUCUCUUAUACACAUUCAGUUUCAUUCAUAGGCAUGAGCACAGACUCACUGACCUUCCCAUUUGGCUCUUGGCACUGUUCCACCUGCUGAUGUUGCUGAUUGAUGGAAUCAUAGCUACAGAUAUUUUUAUGCCUAAGAGGCAUUGGAAUGACAUCACACGUAAAUUUCUUAUAUACUUGUACAGAUUUUUGAGGGGCUUCUCCAUAUGCAUUUCCUGCCUGGUGAGUGUCCUCCAGGCCAUCACCCUGAGUCCCAGAACCUCUUGUUUAGCAAAAUUCAAACAUAAUUCCUCAUAUUAUUCAAUGAAACACACAUUUUCCACACUAUGGAUGUUCAGAGAAACCAUCUUUAUAUGUCUCAUGGUCUUCUCCAGUGUUUACAUGGUAACUGUCUUGUACGGGCAUAAGAAGCAGUCCCAGCAUCUUCAGAGCACCAGCCCUUCUCCAAAAUCAUCCUCAGUGCAAAGGGCCACCUGGACCAUUCUGAUGAUCAUGAGGUUUUUUGUGGUCAUGUCCAUCUUGGACAGCAACAUCUCCUACUCAAGAACUGUGUUUGAUGAUAAUCCUAUAUUUUACUGUAUCCAGAUUCUUGUGUCCCAUAGCUAUGCCACAGUCAGUCCUUCACUAUUCAUUAGUACUGAAAAACAUGUGGUUAACUUUUUGAGGUUCAUGUGUGAGAGGGCAGUAAAUACAUGA